CCAAAAGCUCAGAUUCACUGAAUAUCGUUAUUCAGAUCAUCGCUGUCAAUACUAUGUCCUGUGAAAACGACUUCGAGCAACCUCACACAAACCAGGCGAGCUUGAAAGAGCAUUUAGACUCCUUGCCGGUCAAUCAUGAAUCACGGGAAAAGGGAUUCAUUCUACCAAAUAAAAAUUUGCUGUCUCGCCAACUUUACGGAACAUGUGCCCCACUCACGCCGGAAAGUCGUAUACGGUCCUCUUACUUCGUCGGCUCGCCCAUGUCCAGCCUUUCUACGAGACUUCUACACCCGGAGGAUCCACUCAGCGACGAAGACGGCGACACGGAUAGCUGUGGGGAAUCUUCGAGUGGCGGGGGAUCGGAUGACGAGGAAGAUGGUGAGAACGUAGAGGACCUGCUGGGGAAACUUCGAGAGUCAGUAAAGGGACUCCGUUCUGUCUUCUGUGGCCAUGAACUAUGGGUUUGCUUAGUCCUUAUUUUGUUGAUCAUUGAUAUUGUAAUAAUUAUCAUUCUCUUUCCCAGCUCCAUACUUGGGCGUUUCGCUGCAGGUUAUUAA